AUGAAUUUCGAUGAUGAAGAAAUGGUGCCGGUCUUGGAGAAAGAGGGAAAUUUCGUUCUUCCUACAAUCAUCACUGGCCUUCCCCACGAUUCCCCCAUAGUAUUGCGGGAGACGUUUGCACCCAUUCUAUACGUUAUCAAAGUGAAUAAUCUGGAUGAGGCUAUCAAGUACAACAAUGAGGCGUCUCAAGGACUGAGCUCAUCUCUCUUUUACCAACAACAUCCAGAAUGUCUUCAAGUGGAUGGGAGAUUGGAGGAGCCUUCGGAGGUUGAAAAGGAGACUGGUGGUGGUCGCGAAUCUGGAUCUGAUUCAUGGAGGCAGUACAUGAGG